AUGUCCGAUCCCCCCAAGGACCUGCUGGAUGGUAUCUCCGGCGCCCUAGCCCCAGAAGGCGACGUCCUCCAAAUGGUCCUAGUCACCUUCAUCGCACUAUCCUGCUACAACGUCGCCGAACUAGUCGUCCUAGUCCUAUCCACCUUCCGCCGCUGGCGCGGUCUCUACUUCUGGUCCCUCCUUGCAUCAGGCUGUAUAGGCGUCGUUCCCUAUUCGAUCGGCUUCUUGAUGAAAUUUUUUACCUGCGCGGACUCGGCGUUAUCAGUGACCAUGUUGACGAUCGGUUGGUGGACCAUGGUUACGGGGCAAUCGGUCGUGUUGUACUCACGACUGCAUCUCGUGCUGCGGGAUGAGAAGAUCCUGCGACGGGUGCUGUGGCUGAUCGUGGCUAAUUUCUUUCUUUUGCACGUGCCGACUACGGUGUUGACGUAUGGUUCGAAUAUCGUGCAUACCGGUGACAUCGCCUGGGUCAAGGGGUAUAAUAUCAUGGAGAAGAUUCAAUUGACCGGGUUCACGAUCCAGGAGUCUUUGCUGGGGACGCUGUAUGUUAUCGAGGCUGUCAAGUUACUUCGUCUCGGGGCGGAUGUUACGGCGCGGCCGGAUGCGAGGUUGAUUAUGUACCAACUCAUUGGGAUUAAUUGUGCGAUUAUUGCGAUGGAUUUGUUGCUGUUGGGUCUGGAGUAUGCCAAUUUUUAUGCGGUGCAGAUUACGCUCAAGGGGUUUAUUUACUCGCUCAAGUUGAAGCUUGAAUUUGCUGUGCUGGGACGCCUGGUGGAUCUUAUCCAGGGGUCGAGACAUCCCAUCUCGCUUGCGAUGGCGGAUACAUUGCCGCUUUGUCCUUUCCAGCGUCCGCCGGAGACGCCGGAUCGGAAUGAUGGGCUGCCUUGUACGCCGGAGUCGAAGGAGGUUUUGUCCACGCCGGAUGGGGCAAGGGUUGUGGAGGGGAGGGUGUUUGUAGAGAUUGGACACCGGAAUUUAUGA